AAUCAGAAUUCAGAUCAUCAAGUUCAGCAAGUUUAGAUUUGUCAUAUUAAUAAUUAUUUACUAUUUCUAUAUAACUAUUGCUAUUAUAUUUCCAAAUUAAUACGACGAAAACAAGAAAUAAUCAUGAACUGCUUCGAGAACGUGACUGUGCCGAAUUGCGUCUGGUUUGAAGGAGGAGAAAGGCGCAAUAUUUUUGCGUCGAUGGUUGCAGGUUUUCUGUUCUUUACAGGAUGGUGGUUUAUAAUUGACUCAGCAUCUAAGUACCCGAGUGAUCUACCAAAUGCAGCACAUGUCUGCGGAGUGAUGGCUACCAUAUCUUUGGUUAUGAUUAACUCUGUUUCAAAUGCACAGGUGCGAGGAGAGACAUAUACCGGGGGCUGUAUGGGGCCGCGCGGCGCGAGGCUCUGGCUCUUCAUGGGUUUCGUCGUGGGCUUCGCAUCACUCAUCGCCGCCUGCUGGAUACUGUUUGCCAAUUAUGUUAACUCUGGUAAAACAGGCUCAGAUGCGACCAAAAACACCUGGGCGGGGGUGAGCCUGUUCCUCCAAAACGCGUUCAUCUUCGCUGGCUCGCUGGUCUUCAAAUUCGGCCGCGCCGAGGACCUGUGGGGCUAAACCUAGCAAGUAACCAAAAUAUCUUAAGUCCGCUAAUAAGUAUGUGUGCCUUUAGAAUAUGAAUACCGUAAAAUGGGGUGACACGCAACGACUUUGAACAUUUUUCAGAGAUAUGUAAAAGUAUCUUUAUAAUAUUGACUAUUUUGUAGCCCAGAUUAAUAUUUAUAUAUAUAUAAAAACAUCUAAAUAAGUAUCACAGAUAACAUUCGUAAUUACCGGCGACGCGCUCAUAUCACCUCUGGAGGGGCAUGCGUCUAUAGGCUGUGGUGACCUUUCCAUCAGGCGAGUUGUAUGCCAUGCUUUAAACUACUGUCGUUACAAUAAACAUUAACAUAAAAGGAUUAAGCUAAGGGCCUAAAUGUAUCUACAACUUGUUAAAACUGAAUCUUUCCUCAGGUCACCCUAUUCUAUGCUACAAAGUUAUGGUCAUGUUGGCUUCAAAUUGGCAUUUACUUAUAGCGAAUUGCCUGAAGGCAAUGAAAUCUACAAGUUCUGAUUUUUAGAAAAUUAAAUGUAUUUGUGUUUUAAUAUUCAGUCUGGUUCGACCUGGUUCGACAGAUCCUGUAGUAAUCUCUUACAUUUACUGCUAACUAAACAAAAAAAGUCACAAAUUAUUAUGUACAUAUUAUAAUCAAAUUAUUAUUCGUGUUUAUAAUAAUAAAAAAUAUACAAAUUUAAAAUCCGAUGGAACAGUUUUUUGAAGUAUUAAUUGGUUACCAAUGGAUGUUAAAAUCGCCAAACAUCUUUCUAGUCGAACCAAAUUCAGGUGAGUAGGUAAAUACAUAUAACAUUCAAGAUACUUGUCGGCAAAACAAGGGUAUACCGGAUACUUACAUUUGUAAUUAUUCUGUUUUAACAUGUCCUAAAUAACUAUUGUGACUAGUUAAUAAUGUAAUACAGUCAUGGCUUGAUAUGAUAAUCAGGUACCAGGUACGUACAAGAUUUUUUCACAUUCUGCCUACUACUAUACAUGCUACGUAUGUAUGUUUUAAAUGGGAAAAACAUUUUGUUCGUUAUGAUCAACCCAAGGCUGUACGUAAGGUAGUUAUAGUGCAAUUUGUACGUAGGAAGUAAAUAGUUAUUUAUGAAUUGACUUCUACCGUAGAAAAUAGUGCUUUCUAGUUUGACAGUUGAAGUAGAUGGUGCUGUACGGCCAGUGGGGAGACACUCCUCCUUUCGGGCACACUCGGCUCCGUUCGGCUCAGCAUUACUCCGAGCAAUUAUUAGGGUUGGUAGUUUCACCACUUGACGUCCUUAUUAUGCGUGCUUGCAUUCCGCAUCAGACUCUACAAAUUUAAAAUCCAACUGUCAAUCGAAGAACUUAUCUAUUUUGUUUUAAGUUAAACUCCUGAAGAUUCUAAAAUUAGGUUUACAUUAUGAUAUGAAACGUUUGCUAAGCAUGUGAAUUCGCUGGUUAUUUGAAUGGAUCCUAAAAUGGGGACAGCUAAUGCUGACGUGAUAUCAGGUCAUAUUUUAUGCCUCAAGCCUUAAUCAUUUUAACUGACCUCCUUUUAUUUAAGGUUUAAAAAAUCCACGGACCUACUAUGGAGGAGCAACUAGAAUGCAAAAUGGGCCAAAAAAUAUUGUCUGGUUUCUGACCCGUUUGUGUAAUUUAUUGUUUGAAUAUUCUAGAAAACAAAUAAAAAAUAGGUACCAUCUUAUGUUCUGUCUAUGUCUUUGUAACUAAUAUUCAAUAUGAAAAGAAAAACGCAACUAACACAAAAAGCUCCACUCCGUCAGUUUUUUUGAACAGAAAACAUGUCAAAGAGAAUAAUGUUGAAGCCGAUAAAGCAACAAUUUCAGGUCAAAAAAAGUAUACUUACCGAACUUGUAACCUUUAAUAGUAGUUUAUGUGACUGCUACAUAAUGAGAGGCAUUAAAAUACGAGUGUGGGUUUAAGAAACGAACGUUAGUGAGUUUCUUAAUAGGAUCACACGAGUGUUUUAAUGCCUAAUUAUGUACAGUUACAUACACUACUUUAUCUAAACACAUACUUAAAACUAACUAAAAGAUAAACUGUACGUCAAAUGGCGCUGAAUGAAAACUUUUUUCACGCAUGUCACACAUCCGUAGUUUUUUUUAAAUUCCUAGACAAAAGAAUAAAGUCCCUAUUCUCAUGUCACUCGAGAUCAAAUGUCGUGCGGUUUAUAUUUAAAAAACAUACUAAAUUGACGUUUCGUAUCGAUAACGGUUUUAAUAUCUAUGGAUACUAGAAUAGAGACCUACUUGAGUUUUGACUGAUGUUCCAAAUUUAAACUCAUAACCUACAAAAAUCUGUAACGUUAUGUACAUUAAAGUACAAAUUUUCCUACUACCACAGAUAAAAAAGUUCUCAUAGUAAAAUUGGUUGUCAUUAAGCUUGUCAUUUCCUACGGUUUCUGAACGCAUUAUAGAGCACUAAUGACAUGUGUGUAGAUAAUAGUAGUUUAUGUGACUGCUACAUAAUGAGAGGCAUUAAAAUACGAGUGUGGGUUUAAGAAACGAACGUUAGUGAGUUUCUUAAUAGGAUCACACGAGUGUUUUAAUGCCUAAUUAUGUACAGUUACAUACACUACUUUAUCUAAACACAUACUUAAAACUAACUAAAAGAUAAACUGUACGUCAAAUGGCGCUGAAUGAAAACUUUUUUCACGCAUGUCACACAUCCGUAGUUUUUUUUAAAUUCCUAGACAAAAGAAUAAAGUCCCUAUUCUCAUGUCACUCGAGAUCAAAUGUCGUGCGGUUUAUAUUUAAAAAACAUACUAAAUUGACGUUUCGUAUCGAUAACGGUUUUAAUAUCUAUGGAUACUAGAAUAGAGACCUACUUGAGUUUUGACUGAUGUUCCAAAUUUAAACUCAUAACCUACAAAAAUCUGUAACGUUAUGUACAUUAAAGUACAAAUUUUCCUACUACCACAGAUAAAAAAGUUCUCAUAGUAAAAUUGGUUGUCAUUAAGCUUGUCAUUUCCUACGGUUUCUGAACGCAUUAUAGAGCACUAAUGACAUGUGUGUAGAUAAACGUGUUUAUUGUGUCGGGUUUUGUUAAAAUUGAAAUAUUUUAUGUUAAAUAUGCUUUAAGUACCUAGAUAUAAGAACUCACGUGUGAGUGAAUCUAUUUUAUUAUUUCAUUAAUAAAAGUCUCUCAUUUACUAAA